AAAAAAGAAAAAAAAAGAGAAUCUCAAAAGAAAUUCAAACUGUCAAGUGCAGAAUCUGUCUAAUUUAUUCAUUGGGUCCUUAAAUUUUAAGCAUUUUCACAAAUGGCAAGUCAACGCAUACACACCCACAUGGGCCACGUGUUUGUUCAGCUACAACAGUAAACUCAUUCGUGCAUCUUCCAGCAGCUUAAACUUAUUUUCAUGGCUGCCACUGCUGGUUAUGAUUGGGCUAAAGAAGUAGAAGAAUUUGAAUCCACUAAAGCUGGUGUAAAAGGUCUUGUAGAUUCUGGUAUCACAAAAAUACCAAGAUUCUUCAUUUACAAAUCACCAUCAAAACUCUGUGAGAAUGGUGAAAUUCAGCUGAAAAUCCCUGUUAUAGAUUUGCAAGGAAUUGAAAUUAACAGUGUUAGGAGAAAGGAAAUUGUUGAGGAGAUUAAAGGGGCAGCUAAAAACUGGGGCUUUUUUCAAAUUGUUUAUCAUGGGGUUCCAGUUAGUAUUUUGGAUGCAAUUCUUGAAAGUACUAGAAGUUUCCAUGAACAACCUAAGGAGGAUAAAAUGGAGUGGUAUUCUUCUGAUAAUAAGCAUAAAGUUAGGGUUUUUACUAUUAAUGGAUCUUUUAGUGAAACCCAUGUGGCUAAUUGGAGAGAUGCAUUAGCUUGUACUUUCAUUGAUGGUUCAUUGGAUCCAGAAGCUAUUCCUAUCAUCUGCAGAAAGGAAAUAAUGGACUACAUGGAAUAUAUGAUCAAGGUCAGAGAAAUCCUCUCAGAGUUACUUUCAGAAGCCUUAGGGCUAGGCAGUGAUUACCUUGCAAAGAUGGAUUGUCUAAAAAGUGAAUAUUUGACAUGCCUUUACUAUCCACCUUGUCCUGAGCCAGAACUAGCCUUAGGCACAAUCAACCACUCAGAUUCGACCUUUCUAACUAUGGUAGUUCAGGAUUCUAGUGGUGGCCUCCAGGUUCUUCAUCAAAAUCAUUGGGUCGAUGUGCCUCCUAUACCGGGCGCUCUAGUAGUAAACAUUGGAGACCUUAUGCAGCUUAUUACUAACGACAAGUUCAAGAGCGUGGAGCAUAGAGUAUUGGCUAGACCUGUUGGAUCAAGGGUGUCAGCAGCAUGUUUCUUCUUCCCCAGAUCUGAAUGUAUGUUAAAGCCAUAUGGACCGAUCAAAGAGCUUUUAUCAGAGAAAGAUCCUCCGUUGUACAAGUCAGUCUCGAAUCUUGAAUAUAUGGCCUAUUACCAGAAGAAUGUACGAGAAUGUACUUCAGCCCUUCCCCAUUUUAAGCUGUGAGUUAAAUAUAAAUUCGUUGCUAAUUUUACAUGGUAAGCUUGAAUUUCUCUCUUAUUGUGUAAGGAUACGUUGUUGUAUUUACUGUGGAGUUGAAGAAAUCUCUAUGACUUUC